AUGGACGGGCAAGGGCAUGAACCCGAGGUCCAUAAUCAGACUGUUGAGGAUGAACAAUUGGCUGCUGCGGCGGGGGCGAUUGUGUUAGCGGCGGAGACGGAAAAUUCAACCGGCGGAGCUGGUGGAGAAGAAGGAGAACAACAUGAAGGAGAAGAGCUGGGUGUGGAUGACGAGCUUAUAGACAAGGCGCAGAAGCUCAUGGAAAAAAUCACCUCUUCUGCUAAUAACCCUAAUCCUAAUAUCCUCCACGCCCUUAGCCAUCUCCUCGAAUCUCAGGAGUCUCUGUUCUUAAAGAAGAAUGGGUACUACUCCAAUGACCGCGGUAAUCAUACCAGUGGCAAGCUGUGUAGUCUCAUCCGAGAAAAUGAUGAGUUCUUUGAAUUGAUUUCCUCAAAUUUUCUAUCUGAGAAUACUUACUCAACGGCGGUGAAGGCAGCCUCUGCAAGGUUGCUAAUGAACUGUUCGCUUACUUGGAUGUACCCUCAUGUUUUCGACGAUGCUGUUACGGACAAUUUCAAAAAUUGGGUCAUGGAAGAUGCAGUCAAGUUUCCCGUUGAAGACUCUGGCAGGAAAGAAGCCUCAGAUUCCGAAAUGUUAAAGACUUAUUCUACAGGUCUUCUUGCUCUCUCUCUGGUGAGCCGUGGGCAAUUAGUUGAAGACGUCUUGAAGUUAGGACUAUCUACUAAGCUUAUGCAUUAUCUUCGAGUACGAGUUAUUGGAGAGCCAAGCACAAGCCGUAGAGAUGCGCCUCACACAGCUGAGGUCAAACAUGUGUCCUUAAAAACGAAAGAAGAAGGUCGAAGUAGGGUGCGGAAGGUUGUGGAUACAGUUGAAGGCGAUCGUGUUCUUGACAUAGACUCCGGCAGAGAGAUGGGACAAUCUGAUGUGUGGUCUGAAGGCGAAUUGGAAAUGGAUGGAAGCGAAAGAUGUAAUGUUUCAGGUGUUGUUGAUUGUAAAAUGAAACCUGGAGAUGACAAUAGUGGAAGAGAGGACCCCCCAAAACCCAGACUGAACCGCUCAAGAUCCCAGGGGAGAGGAAGGGUUCACGAAGGUGCAACUGAUGCAGAAACUCUCUUGGCAUCUCCUAAAUCAGGUCGUCUGGUUGUCAGAGAUAGAGAUCCAUCAAAAAGAUUAGAUGUCAGAAAUGCAGAUAGAAAGAAGUCUGACACUGUGGAGAUAGAAAGAGAGGAGAAUGAUGAGUGCUUUCAAGGUUGCGUAAUAGGAACCAUAAACAUAACUGAUCUAGUAAAGCGUGCAGUUGGAGCUGCUGAAACUGAAGCUAGAGCUGCCCAUUUUCCUCCGGACGCUGUUAAAGCAGCUGGCGAUCAUGCAGCAUACCUUGUUAAAACUGCUGCUUUGGAGGAAUUCAGUUCUUCUGGUAGUGAAGAAGCUGCUGUAUCUGCUGCUACUCGUGCAGUUAUAGAUGCCGAUAAUGCUACUGAGGCUUUAAGAAAUCCUACUUGUGUUAACGCUGAGCAGACUACAGAUUUGAGCAGUGUGGAAACAGACGCAAUUGAGGAUGUUGGAGAAGUUUCACUUCCGGAUAUGGAAUCGUUGGCUCAGUUACAGGAAAAAUAUUGCAUCCAGUGCCUUGAAACACUGGGAGAAUAUGUGGAGGUGCUCGGGCCUGUACUCCAUGAAAAAGGUGUUGACGUAUGCAUUAUGCUGUUGGAACGUACAUCCCAAUUUGAUGAUAGUUCUGCUCUGUCUCCUUUGUUACCUAAUGUGAUGAAGUUAAUUUGCGCUUUGGCUGCGCACCGGAAAUUUGCUGCAAUGUUUGUUGACCGGGGUGGCAUACAAAAAUUACUUGCUGUUCCAAGGGUUACUGAGACCUUUUAUGGUCUCUCAUCUUGCUUAUACACCAUAGGCUCUCUUCAGGGUAUAAUGGAGCGUGUCUGUGCACUUCCAACAGAACUCAUACGUCGAGUGGUUGAUUUAGCUAUCGAACUUCUAGAGUGUUCCCAGGAUCAAGCAAGAAAAAAUUCUGCUUUAUUCUUUGCUGCUGCGUUUGUCUUCAGAGCCAUUUUAGAUGCAUUUGAUAAAGAUAAAGAUAAAGAUACUAGUAAAGAUACUAGUAAAGAUACUAGUUUGCAGAAACUCCUUGCAGUACUUAAAGAUGCAGCCUCAGUUAGAACAGGUGCUAAUUCAGACCGAUCAGCUCCGGAAGUCAUGACGUCUUCAGAGAAACAGAUGGCUUUUCACACCUGUUUUGCCUUGCGCCAAUAUUUUAGAGCUCAUCUUCUUUUGCUUGUGGAUUCCAUCCGUCCUAGCAAAAGUAACCGAGGUGGUGUAAGGGCUGUCUAUAAACCCCUUGACAUCAGCAAUGAAGCUGUAGAUGCCGUCUUCGCUCAGUUACAAAAGGAUAGGAAGUUGGGUCAGACCUUCGCUAAAACUCCAUGGAUUGCUGUCAACAAAUUUUUGGAGUCGUCUGGACAUGUUACCAUGUUGGAACUAUGUCAGACUCCACCGGUAGACCGUUAUCUGCAUGAUCUACUUCAGUAUGCUUUUGGUGUACUUCACAUUCUUACAUCUAUACCUGAGGGCCGCAAAGCAAUUGUGAAUGCCACACUCAGUAACAAUCGUGCUGGCAUUGCUGUCAUUCUGGAUGCAACAAAUAUUUCUAACAGCAUAGUGGAUCCUGAGAUCAUACAGCCUGCACUAAAUGUUCUAAUCAAUCUGGUAUGCCCACCACCAUCAUUAACCUAUAAGCCGACAACAUCUUCAGUUGGGAGCGGAAGAAUUUACCUAGGAGCAGGAGCUGGUUCUGCUGGUCUUUCUGCUAAGUUGGAGCAGGUCUAUCGUCAAGCACGUGAAGCAGUGCGUGGAAAUGAUGGUAUAAAAAUUCUCUUAAAACUUCUUCAGCCCAGAAUAUACGUGAAUCCCCCUGCUAGCCCAGAUUGUCUACGGGCGCUGGCUUGCAGGGUACUUCUUGGUCUGGCUAGAGAUGAUACAAUUGCACACAUACUGACCAAACUUGAGGUUGGUAAGAGUUUAUCGGAACUUAUUCGAGAUUCAGGUGGUCAGUCAAGUGGAACAGAUCAGGUCAAAUGGCAGUCUCAACUUGCUCAGGUGGCGCUUGAGCUAAUAGGGAUAGUGACAAAUUCUGGGCAUGCGACUACACUAACAGCCAGCGAUGCUGCUACUCCAACAUUGCGGCGCAUUGAAAGAGCAGCCAUUGCAGCAGCUACACCUAUAACAUAUGAUUCCAAGGAGCUUUUGCUCCUUAUCCAUGAGCACCUCCAGGCAUCAGGUCUUGGUGAAACUGCUUCAUCACUGUUAAAAGAGGCUCAUUUAGCUCCUCUAUCUUCGUUGGCUCCCCCUUGUUCAAUUGCAUAUCCCUCUACACAGGAGAUGGCUACGCCCGUAGCUCAGCAACAAUGGCCCUCUGGCCGUGCUAACAGUGGAUUUUUCUCCAGCAAACCCGAAGUCAGUGGAUUUUCCACCAGCAAACCCGAAGUCUGUGCACAAUGGCCCUCUGGGCGUGCUAAUGGUGGUUUUUUCCCCAGGAAACCCAAAGUCGAUGCACAUGACGAAGAUCCUAGCUCGAGAGGUAAUGCAGCUCCAUCCGCAAAGAAAAAACAGUUGACUUUUUCACCUGGCUUUAGUUCGCAGUCACGAAAGCAAUAUUUUCCCCGUGACGCUCAACCUCAGUCCACGCAGAGAUUAAAUAGUAGUUCAAAUCCAGAUCCUGCUUGUUCAAAUGCUUCAGAAGCUGAUGCCGAUGCUCAACUUAAGACCCCGACUUCCUAUCUGAGAAAACGGAAGUCGUCUGAACUUAGAGACCACCCAGAGUUCUCAAAUUCGGCAAAGAGAAUGAAUUUGGGAGAGUCAGGACCACGAUCUCCGGCUUGUCCAACCACGACUUCCUUACGUAGGUAUCCCACCAUUGCGGAUGGUUCAGGUAUCCAAACACCAGCUCCAGCUUCAGAUGUCAACCAACCUGGGAGCUCCAGACUGGGCCAGAUGACACCUGGUUCCCAGCUAAAUGUUGCAAACGAUCCCCAACCUUCGAUUCCGGAACGGUUAACACUAGACUCCCUUGUGGUUCAGUAUUUGAAGCACCAACACAGGCAGUGCCUGGCUCCAAUCACAACUCUUCCCCCUGUGUCUCUCCUACAUCCUCAUGUCUGUCCUGAACCUAAACGGUUACGAGAAGCUCCACUGAACAUCACUGGCCGCAUUGGCACCCGUGAGCUUAAAAGUUUCUAUGGUGGAGUCCAUGGGAAUCGCAGGGACCGUCAGUUGAUUUUCAGCAGAUUUAAAUCUUGGAGAUCUUGCCGGGAUGAGAAUGCACUCUUAACAUGCAUUUCACUUCUUGGAGGUACUAAUCAUUUAGCAGUUGGUAGUCAUGCUGGAGAAAUCAAGAUCUUUGAAGCUGGCAGCGGUACCUUGCUUGAGAGUUUCUCGGGUCACCAGGCUCCGGUUACACUUGUUCAGCCAUAUGUCUCUGGUGAUACUCAGUUGUUGCUUUCUUCGAGCUCCAGUGAUGUGCAGUUGUGGGACGCCUCUUGUAUACUUGGUGGGUCUAAACACUCCUUUGAUGGAUGCAAGGCUGCAAAAUUCAACCACUCUGGGCUACAUUUUGGAGCGCUCUCUUGUGAAGCAUCAAAAGAUGUUCUUCUAUAUGACGUACAGACCUGCAAGUCUAUUUUGAAACUCACUGACACAGUCACUUCUUCACGGAGCAAUCCCUAUUCUCUUGUACACUUCAGCCCUUGUGAUAAUCUGAUAUUGUGGAAUGGUGUUCUCUGGGACAUCCGUAAACAAGAGCAUAUCAAUCGGUUUGAUCAAUUUACUGAUUAUGGCGGCGGUGGUUAUCAUCCCUCUGGGAACGAGAUCAUCAUCAACUCAGAGGUCUGGGAUCUGAGAAACUUCAGGCUUCUUCGAAGUGUACCAUCACUAGACCAGACAGCUAUUACGUUCAACUCCGGGGGUGAUGUGAUAUACGCAAUGCUGAGGAGAAACAUCGAGGAUGUCAUGUCUGCUGUUCACACACGCCGUGUGAAGCAUCCGUUGUUUGCUGCUUUCCGCACCCUUGAUGCGAUCAACUACUCUGACAUUGCCACUAUACCCGUGGACCGGUGUCUUCUCGACUUUGCCACAGAACCAACAGAUUCUUUCCUUGGGCUGAUCACAAUGGAAGAUCAGGAAGACAUGUUUUCCUCGGCCAGGGUGUAUGAGAUUGGUAGGCGGAGACCAACAGAGGAUGACUCUGAUCCCGACGAUGAUGAUGAGACAGAGGAUGAAGACGAAGAUGAUGAAGAUGACGAUGACUUGGACCGCAUUCUGGGACUAGGUGGAGAUGAUAGCGACAGUGGAGAUGAUGACAUCGAAGAUAUUGGGAGCGAUAUGGAUGAUGAAGAAAGAGAUAUGUUCCUCAACGCUAGUGCUGGCUUGAUGGAAUUAAUAUCUGAGGGCGAGUAUGAAGACGAUGACCACGAUGACGAUGAUGAUGAUGAUGAUGGUGAUGAAGACAUAAGCAGUGGCGAAGAGGAGGAUUAUCUAGAGUUCUAG